AUGCCAGUCAGCGUAAUGAACAAUUCUGGGGCAGCCGAUUUCGAGGAAUGGCUAGCGCAGGGUCCGAUCAAUUCUUUGCCUGGUUCUGACGGCUCAAGCGGCGAGACUUCGUCUGCUGCAUCGCCAUUUGACCAAUUUGCGUCUCUUUUUGACGCGGAAGCGCCGCUUGCGCCGCUUUCUGAUGGUGAAGCCCUGCCGUCCAACAAGACCUCUGUCACGAACUCGCCGGUGUGCAUAAAGGAGGAGGACGCAGGCGUGCUGCAGUUUGCUGGAGACCAAUCGCUGGCCGCACUUGCGCUGCACUUCGACGGGUUUGAUACUGCGCCGCAAGCGACGGAGGCGGACAACGAACGGGACGAUGCGGACAGUAUCAACAACGAGGAGGAAGAGACCCAGGGGCUAACGCAAAGCGAGCGCGCUGCAUACAAGCCCAAGCGGGCUCCUCGCAAGCGUUUGACCCCCCACCAAAAGGAGGCCCACAACAAAAUCGAGAAGCGCUAUCGCAUCAACAUUAACACAAAGCUUGCGAAACUGCAGCAGAUUAUACCCUGGGUUGCAUCGGAGGCCACUGCAUUUGAGGUGGACGAUGCUCUGCGCCAGAAAUCUUCCCCAACGAUGAUGGACACCGCCACGCUCACAUCCGCCACUCCAAAAUUGAACAAAAGUAUGAUUUUGGAGAAGGCUGUCGACUACAUUUUGUUCUUGCAGAACAAUGAGCGCCUCUAUGCAAUGGAGGUACAAAGGUUGAAGGCCGAGCUGGAUGCGCUUCGCCCCCAGUAA